CCUUGACCUCUAUACGAAGUUGCACUCCUGGCGGAGGAAAUGGCGCCCGUCAGGUGCAGCAGGGUUCACAGUUGCCAACCAGUCAAAUACCCUCGAAGUUGACACGUAAGAUAUGUCGCUGCCUCUUACUGUACCUGGCUCAGCGGGCACAGAAAUAUGUUUGUAAGCGGAGAGAAGCCCAGUUUGUGUCGGAUGUUGAAGACAUAACAGGAACACCAGACUGACAUUUGGGAACUUUGCUGGUACUCUACACCCCUUGCAGAGGAAUGGCUAAAGAGCAGAAACAAAGCAGGGCAGAAACAUUGAUAUUGGCUGGAUCAAACGGUCACAAUGGCCAACAAUGGCAGACUAGCCUGAAUAACUUGGUCGGUCAUCCUCCAGGCACAAACCACAGGUCGAGGAUGGCCCGUGUUGCUUCAGACGUGAGGCAAAAGUGUGCGGCCUACGUGCUCGCACUGAGACCGUGGAGCUUCAGUGCCUCGCUCACACCCGUGGCCCUCGGCAGCGCCUUGGCGUACAAACUGGAGGGCUCCGUGGACUUGGUCAUCCUGAUGGUGUGUGCGGUGACGGUCCUCGUAGUCCACGGGGCGGGCAACCUCGUAAACACCUACUAUGACUUCUCCAAAGGGAUUGACCACAAGAAGAGCGACGAUAGGACUCUGGUGGAUGAAAUCCUGGCACCGCAGGAUGUUGUCAUGUUUGGAGCGUUGUUAUAUUCUUUGGGGUGCUUGUGUGCCACUCUGCUCUAUUUCCUGUCUACACUUAGACUGGAGCACCUAGCUCUUAUUUACUUCGGGGGACUGUCCAGCUCUUUUUUAUACACUGGAGGCAUCGGCCUCAAAUAUGUGGCCCUGGGAGACGUGGUAAUCCUCAUCACAUUCGGCCCACUGGCGGUCAUGUUUUCCCACGCAGUGCAGGUUGGCUACCUGUCUGCACUCCCGCUGGUGUACGCCGUCCCGCUGGCCCUCAACACGGAAGCUAUCCUCCACAGCAACAACACCAGAGACAUGGACUCUGACAAGCAGGCGGGCAUCGUCACCCUGGCCAUCCUCAUAGGCCCCACGCUGUCCUACGUCCUCUAUAACCUCCUGCUUUUCGUCCCCUACGUGCUCUUCUGCAUCCUCGCCACCCGUUACACCAUCAGCAUGGCGCUGCCUCUGCUCACGCUGCCCAUGGCCUUCCCCCUGGAGAAGCAGUUCCGCAGCCGAUGCUACGCCAAGAUCCCCCAGAAGACAGCCAAGCUAAACCUCCUGAUGGGACUUUUCUACGUGUUUGGGAUAAUUCUGGCACCUCCUGGCAGCUUGCCGUCACUGUGAUUAAUUAGCUUUGAUAUUUCAAAUUUUGUUCUUUUAAUACAGACUAGUUUUAUGUACCUCUUUGUAUUUGUACGAAGCAAUCUGAGGGCUUUCAUUGGCUUUAAUUUAUUGUCAUAUUUAUAUGUCAAACAGAGAUUUAGUUUAGGUCCUCCUCUGUGACACUGAAGGCGUAAUCAGGUGUAUUUUUUCAGUAUUAAGCCUGCUGUAAUGUGUUGGUAAAAAGAAGUGUUGGUGUCAUUUUGUAGAGGUAGGCAACAUUUUCAUCAUCUAAUGACGGACGCUAAACCUACGGUUGCCAUAUUUGUUGUUCUUAAAGACACAACACAACACUGAUACCUAAAAACAUCAAACCAUUGUUGUCAUAUUCUCAACAUUUUCUUCUGUGCAAGGUACAUGCUGUUAAUUUGUCCAUUGUGAUUUCUUUUUUUCUUUGGAGAGCCAAAUAGUAUUUCAUUGGAUAAUAAAACUCACUGACGUUGA